AAGCCAAAAGAGCAGACAAGACUAGGACGGGGCAGCUUCUAUACCGGGUAUGCAUCGGCGUCGCUUUUCUCGUCGAAAUUAUUUUCAAUCCGAUUUUCCAAACAACCGGAUUUCGAGCUUCUCUUUAGGUUCUUUGUCCUUCUCUCUCUCCACCUGCUCAUAUCAAUCAAAUUCCAUCGUUUACCUAUCUCUUUCUUUCUCUUUCUCCACUUUUUCUCAGCACUCUCCAGGUGAGAGAAUAAUACCCGCACGAAAUAAAAGAGGGAUGGUACUGGUUCGUGGAGUUGGACUUCUGCGAGCCUAGCUACCUUUCUCAUUGUCUUUUGUGGUAAUCCUUUAUUGGUUCAAGAGAAAUAUUUUUCUUGAUGCAUAUGAUCAAAGCAGGGCAGUGUUGCUGGUGAGAUUAAAGAAUUUCUGUGGAUAGACUUUUAAUUGAAAGAAAGACAUUGAAGUAGCAUCAUGGGUUCUGUUUGUUGCUGUUUGCAUUUUGAGGAUAUUGAGGAGUACAUGAAUCCAAGCAGUCCAGUCUACAGGAACUGUAUGUGUCUCAGAUGUUUUGUUCAGAAUUUUCUAAGCAUGUACACCAUUUUGUUUCGAAGAGGGGAAGUGCAUUCCCUCCCUUCUUCCCUUCAGGGGAAUACAUCUAUGACUUCUAGUGCAUCACUGGACAACUCCCUCUCUGACAUGUACCGCUCUCCUCCAAGGCCCUUGCCUUAUGACGUCGACCCCAGAUAUUUCCGGUUGCCUCGUGAUGGUUUGGUUUCUAGACGGGAAAAGGGUACAAGUCAUUCACAUGCGGAAUCAGAGCCUUUAAGAAGUGGUAAUGAUGUGGAUUCGGAAUCUUUCAGUGCAGGAGACAAAUGGAAUGAUUCCACUUGUGAAGAAGGAUCCAAGGAACAGCUUUCUAGAUCCUCACUGAAGUUCUCAUCAGCAAAAUCAACAGUUGGAAAUGGGUAUAUUUAUUCAUCAUCAGAAGAGGAGGAUGUCUGUCCAACUUGUCUUGAAGAAUAUUCUCUAGAGAACCCUAAAAUAAUGACAAAAUGCUCUCACCACUUCCACCUUGGUUGUAUUUACGAGUGGAUGGAGAGAAGUGACAGUUGCCCAGUCUGUGGAAAGGUGAUGGUAUUCGAUGAAACGACUUGAGCUUCCUUGAAGGUUUUCUGUCGUGGAUGAAGCCGACACAACAAGAGGAGAAAGAAAUUAAAGAAGAUGUGUAUAGAGUACUUUGUAAAUAUUGAAGGUUACGAAGUGUUUUGUCAUCAAUGGUAAAUAUGAAAUUGUUAUGAAUGCCAAUUUGAAUGUACUCUUCAAAAUGCCAUUUUCUUGCUAAGUUAUCAAAAUCUGGCUAUGGUUGCGUCAAUGUGUUAUUCCUAGAAGGUGUGAAUGGGAUGAAAAGCAGCUUGAUACUGA